UUAAUAUUCGGUUUUCGUUCUUGUUUUAUUGUUUAAACAUUUAGCGUAUGACGAAACGUUUUCUCGAGACAUAAAACGUAUAAAAUCAAAGUGAUUGUGUCUUACGGGAAAUAUUUGAAGUCAAGUGCCAUCAAGUGAAGGACACAAAAAACGAAAAAAACGAAAAAAAAAACGGUUCCAUACAUUAAACGAGAAGCACAUAAAUCAUUAGAAUAUUAAAAGAAGGCGAUGUCAAAAGUGUGGAACUCAUUAACCCGCCGCAGGACGGACGAUGUCAACGAGGGUGAAUCGCAAUUGGCUCGUGUCCUCAAUCUAUUUGAUCUGACCGCAUUGGGAGUGGGCAGCACCUUGGGUCUGGGUGUCUAUGUGUUGGCCGGUCAGGUGGCCUAUGAUAUUGCCGGACCGGCUGUAACAAUAUCCUUUCUAAUUGCGGCCAUUGCAUCGGCCUUUGCUGGCAUCUGUUAUGCUGAAUUUGCCGCUCGUGUACCAAAGGCUGGAAGUGCUUAUGUCUAUAGUUAUGUGACAAUUGGUGAAUUUGUGGCCUUUACCAUUGGCUGGAAUUUGAUAUUGGAAUAUGUUAUCGGCACAGCAUCCGUAUCCCGUGGUCUGAGUGGCUAUUUUGAUUCUCUUAUUAAUAACAGCAUGUCGCGUUCUCUUAAUGAAUCGAUGCACAUUGAUGUGAGUUUCCUGGGUGACUAUCCGGAUUUUCUAUCCUUUGGCAUGAUAUUGCUAUUGGCCGCAUUGCUGGCAUUUGGAGCCAAAGAGUCAAGUUUUCUCAAUAAUAUCUUCACUUUGGUCAAUUUGGUGACCAUUGGCAUUGUUCUUGUCACUGGAGCCAUGAAUGCCAAUGCUGAUAACUGGCGUAUUCCGGCUGACCAGGUACCCGAAGGAUUCGGUACUGGCGGAUUUAUGCCUUUCGGUAUUGCCGGUGUUAUGGCCGGUGCGGCGAAAUGUUUUUUCGGUUUUGUGGGAUUCGAUUGCAUUGCCACUACUGGCGAGGAGGCAAUCAAUCCAAAGCGUAAUAUACCGCUGGCCAUUGUCAUCUCAUUGAUAAUUAUAUUUUUGGCCUAUUUUGGUGUCUCGACGGUAUUGACCAUGAUGUUGCCAUAUUUUCUUCAAAACAAGGAUGCCCCAUUCCCACAUGCCUUUGAUGAAGUUGGCUGGUAUACCAUCAAAUGGAUUGUCACCAUUGGCGCUGUAUUUGCCUUGUGUACAAGUCUCUUGGGUGCCAUGUUCCCAUUGCCACGUAUUCUCUAUGCUAUGGGCAAGGAUGGCAUAUUGUUCAAACGUCUGUCCAAGGUUCAUCCAUAUACGCAAACGCCUCUUUUGGCCACCAUUGUGUCGGGAAUAUUUGCAGCAAUUAUGGCAUUGCUUUUCAAUUUGGAUCAAUUGGUCGACAUGAUGUCAAUUGGCACUCUCUUGGCCUACACCAUAGUGGCGAUUUGUGUUCUAGUGUUGCGCUAUCAAGAUGAAGAUAUGACCCGUGAGGUUACCGUGAAGGCACCCAAUGUAUUCCGUCAAUUGUACAAUGGCAACUCAUACAGGGAGCCCACCGCCAUGACCUCGUCCAUAACGAAAAUUGGCAUUGUCGUGUUUGCGGUAAUGUGUCUGGUAUGGUGUUCCUGUGCCAAAGCCCUGGAAAUUAGCAGCACCGGGGGCAUUGUCUCACUUAGCCUGGUGGGUGUCGUUUUGAUACUUAUUUGCAUUGUGAUUGGCAUGCAACCGGUGUCCAGCAUUGAGCUCACAUUCAAGGUGCCAUUGGUGCCAUUUGUGCCAUGUCUCAGUGUCUUUGUCAAUUUGUAUUUGAUGUUCCAAUUGGAUUUGUUUACCUGGAUACGUUUUCUUAUUUGGAUAUUUAUCGGUUAUGUCAUCUAUUUCACCUACGGUGUGCGUAACUCCACACAAAUACAGCGCUCUCGAAAUCAUGCCGACGCAUCUGCCACGGCCAUGCAGCAGCAGCAUGAGAAUCGCGCCUUUGAGCCGGACUGGAAGCCACAAUCGGAGAAUGGCAUGGGCCGUGAAUUACCGCCAGCCUAUGAAUAUUCUGAGAAACUUUAAGUAUUAUAUCAAAUGAGAGACCAAGCGACCUCUCCCCACCCCAAGCAACCCCCUUUACUAACCACCACCACCCCCCUUACACUUUUAGUCCAGCUAAAAUCUUUGACAUUCAGCUAGUUUGUGUUUGUGAGAGAGAUGAAUAGAUUGCGUAUUAAAAAUUAAAUGGUUCCGAUGCCAGAACCAUUAUUUUUAUACGCCCCCCCUAUCCGCCCCAAGAAACCAAAAGAAAAACAUGAAAACUCCCCCCCUCCCCCCACAAUAUUUUCAUUCUUUUAUUUACCUAAAUAACUACUUUAAACUAUGUUUCAUAAUUUUCAAUUUUCAAUUUUGUU